UUGGUCAACGGGAGCCAUGUUUGCGUUCCCAGCUGUCUUGGUGCGGUGUCGCUAACCGGUUAGCGAACUGAAUUACAACAUCGCUUCUCACUGGUGUUGGAACUAACAAGAAGAUUUGCAAUCCAUUGUAAGUCGUAAUGCCGGUUCACUCCCGGGAAAAGAAAGAAAGUAACCACGAGGAAAUGGAGGUGGAUUUUCCGGAGCAAGACGGUAGCAGCACUGACGAGGAGGACACCGUUAGCACGUCGGUGUCUGAAGAUGGAGACAGCUCGGAGAUGGAUGAUGAAGACUGUGAGAGGAGAAGGAUGGAGUGCCUGGACGAGAUGACCACUCUGGAGAAACAGUUCACAGACUUGAAGGAGCAAUUGUAUAAGGAACGUCUAAGCCAGGUGGAUGUCAAGUUGCAGGAAGUGAUGGCAGGAUGCGCUCAGGAAUAUCUGGAACCUUUAGCCAACCUGCAAGAGAACAUGCAGAUCAGAACCAAAGUGGCAGGCAUCUAUAAAGAACUGUGCUUGGAAUCGGUGAAGAACAAGUACGACUGUGAGAUCCAGGCAGCCUGCCAGCAUUGGGAGAGUGAAAAGCUGCUGCUGUUUGACACAGUGCAGAGCGAGCUGGAGGAGAAGAUAAGACGACUGGAGGAAGAUAGACACAGUAUUGACAUCACCUCAGAGUUGUGGAAUGAUGGCCUGCAUUCCCGGAAAAACAAGAAGAAAGACCCACUCUGCCCCAUCAAGAAGAAGAAGCCUGUCGUUGUCUCUGGGCCUUAUAUCGUUUACAUGCUGCAAGAUCUGGAUAUUCUGGAGGACUGGACUGCAAUCAGAAAAGCCAUGGCGUCUCUCGGGCCGCAUAGGGGGAAGGCCGAAGGCAAGACAGAACGACACCAGCAUGUUGCACGAUCCGAAGAUGGCCGGCUUUUCUAUGACAGCCAGUGGUACUGCAGGGGCCAGGCCAUCUGUAUCAACAGGAAAGAUGAAGUUCCCACCAGCGCUAUCAUCACCACCAUCAACAAUGACGAGGUGUGGUUCAAACGACUGGACGGCACCAAGUCCAAGCUGUACAUCUCGCAGUUGCAGAAAGGCAAAUACACCAUCAAACACUCGUGAAAACAACAGAGAGCCUGUUCAGAGAUUUCCACGUGGCGUCCGCUUAUGCUGUUGCAUACGUCCUUCAAAUGCGUUCACAACUCACCUCGCCUCCCCUCUGUUUAUGUUCCCUGAAAGAGGCCAAUCCAAUGAUCUCUCUAAACGCGUUGCCAAUGUCCAAAAAAGGGGAACGAGGCAAAGCACUGCUACAAACAAAGGCAGGUAAAGCGCCAGCAGUCUUGAACUGUGACGCAUGGAGCUUUGUGAGAUGAGACAAAGCCCUUGGCAUUCACAACUACACAGCGAGCCUUGCUGUGGGCUGUCGCAACAACUCAUAAAGGACCGGAAGAGGGUCCAAACGGGUCCGUUUGCGGUCCUGCUGCAGGCAUGGGAUGGCGAUUCGAGCUUUUUGAAGAUAAAAUGCACGCUUUGAGCGCAUGUUUGGCGUGUGGACAGGGAUUGCGCAAGUGGGAAGCAGUUGUGAGGAACUUAGUCACGCAAGAGAAUGUUUUGUUUCCGAGGAGCCGCUGUUGCAAAUAUCUCUUUUUGUUCUCUUUGCAGCACUGAAUUACGGCACUGAGCAUAGCAAGUGGUUAAAAAAAAAAAGGUUCAGGCAGUUUGUUGUACAUAGAAGACUGUGUUUUGAGGUUACAUCACUGUGAUGCUCUGUUCGUAAGCCCAAUGAUUACCAGGGUUAAAAACUGGGCAGGCUACGUUUAAUAAGCUGUGCCGUUUAAUUUUAAAUGCCUGUUUAAGAAAGACUGAAUUUUCCUCCCAAAUCCACCACGAUGAUUUUUUUAAUCUUGUUUUGUACUGUUUCUUUAUGCAUACAUGGUUCAAAAAUAUUUCUUUUCACGUAAUGUUAAUAGGUGUGUGUAUAGAAGUCUCAAUAUUACAAUCAUUUAUUUUUGAAUUUUAACAUUGUUUGAAUUAUGGAUUAUUUUGUACAUCAUUUUGUCUAUGUUUUACAUUGAAAGAAAAUGUCUUGUAGUUCAAUGCAUGUACAGCUGAUUAAAUAUUUUGUUGCUUUCAUCGGAUGAAGAUUGAGUCUUUGGAAGCAACCUUCAGGGCUUACCUACACUAGCCCAUCUACAUAUUAAUGCAAAUAAUAAUGACAUGUUGCCAAAAUACCAGAAAAAGUUUUAUUUAGGAUCAUUCAUUAUGCUGAUGAAUGUCUCUGCAUAUCUCAGAAAUCAUUGUCAAAUGUUUCAUAACCAAUAAGACUAGCUCACGUGUCUUAAAAGACCACUUGCAUUAUGUUGCAAAAGAAUAUUGAAUACUGUAAUUACUCAUCGAUGGCAAUGUCCAGAGUACCUGUACCUGUGAGCAGUUGAACGUCAAAUAAAGUACUAAUAAAAGC